CGGCACCUGCCCCCUGGCGGGUCAGGUGGGCGCGGAGCGGCGGCGCCGAGGGGAGUGACUGUUAUGCUGGAGGAAGGUGUUCCCUGGAUGGUUCUGGAGGCGGAAGUGCUGUUCUUUCUAGAGCAGGUACAGUACAGACAGCAGCAAAACAGAUCUCUCAUUCCAUGUAAGGCCUUUAUCCUGACUUGCAGAACACCCCUGGGAGGGAGCAGACUGGUCCGCACUUGGCCUUUUGUCUCUGGCUGCUCACUAAGGAACCUGUAUUCUUGCAGUGUGAACUUGUAUCUGUUUCCUAGCAAACUGGACUGCAAAAAGCAUUGCCAAAAAGAGCAUCAGAGAAGCCAUCUCUGUGCCUGGGAAACCCCUUCAGAAUUGUAGAGAUCACACGCAGGAAGCCAGCGCAGCUCUGCUUGUAAGGCCUGUAUGUCUUUUGCACCCUUGCAGUAUAGCAAGUCAGACAGAACAAAUGAAAUAGCUAGUGACUGUAUGAUGAAAAAAAUGCCUGGUGAUGGAGAUCCCCAGUGAUAUUUUGCUGUUUCUGAAGACAUGGGCAAGAGCGCUGUAGGUUGCCUUGGUCCUGUGCCCCUCCGUCCUGCUGCAAUGAGUGGGAAGUCCUUGCUAUUAAAGGUCAUUCUCCUUGGGGAUGGUGGAGUUGGGAAAAGUUCCCUCAUGAACCGUUAUGUCACCAACAAGUUUGACUCUCAGGCUUUCCACACAAUUGGUGUGGAGUUCUUAAACCGAGACCUGGAGGUGGAUGGACGUUUUGUGACUCUGCAGAUUUGGGACACUGCAGGACAGGAGAGAUUCAAGAGCUUGCGAACCCCCUUUUACAGGGGGGCAGACUGCUGCCUGCUGACCUUUAGUGUGGAUGACCGGCAAAGCUUCGAGAACCUCAGUAACUGGCAGAAGGAGUUUGUCUAUUAUGCUGAUGUGAAGGACCCUGAACACUUCCCGUUUGUAGUUCUGGGCAACAAGAUAGACAAACUUGAAAGACAAGUGAGCACAGAGGAGGCCCAGGCCUGGUGCAUGGAAAACGGGAACUAUCCAUACCUGGAGACUAGUGCCAAGGAUGACACCAAUGUGGCAGUGGCCUUUGAGGAAGCUGUGCGACAGGUGCUGGCAGUAGAAGAACAGCUAGAGCACUGUAUGCUGGGCCAUACCAUUGACCUGCACACCAGCUCCAAAUCUGGGUCUUCCUGUUGUUAAGAGUGGCUGCCACUUGGGGAAGUUCCCUUGAACCAGCGGCGGGAGCGGAAUAAGCACGGGCAGCUCAGGGCACUCUGAGGAAGGUGGCCCCGAGGACAAUAGGUAGAUAGCUCACCGAGGAGUUGCAGCCUUUCCAUCUGAAUUCUGGCUGGAGUUUUCAGGCACAGGGGAUAUAGCUACAGGAGGGAGCUGUCAGAGAGCACAUGAAUGUAGUCCUGCUUCCAUCUCUGCCUGUUUUUAGCAGGUUUAAAGAACUGGGUUGAGCUGAAGAGAGUACAUCUCAUCUUUACCAAGAACUGCCUGCAGAACAAAACUGAGAGAGCUCAAGACACUCCUUAAAGUAUUCUAGUCCUGAACUGAAAAAUAGCAGAUCCACUAAACUCAUGACCUUACUGCCAAAGGAAAGUCUGCUCAGCAUACUGAUCAAAACCUGUUGGGGAGACCUUAGCCCAUGCGACUGUGAGAAUGCCAAAUACUAGAGUGACUGAGAUGUGUGCAUCUGUUGUUUUGGAUAAGUGUAUCCUGUCCUGAGACUGAACUGUGUUGAGAGUUGUUAGUACUAUGAAACAGCAUAUGAAGGAGAAGGAACUGUGUUUGAAUGCUGCAGCAUCAGUUCUUUGUGGCUGCCUAUUUCUGGUCUGUUUUUCCCCGUCUCUAACUUUGUCUUGUUAUGGUUGUUACUUGUGGGGAGACUGUCUGCUCCCUGUUUAAUAUAUGUCACGUUAGCUGUUCUGGAGGCUCAACAUCAGAUACUGCUUCUCAUACCCUGGGUAGCCCUGGAUGGAAAGUACCUGUGUGGAACCCUCCUGGCCAUGUCUAAAGGUUUAGAGUUUCUCAGGAGCUUAGAAGAUUUGGAAUAUGAACCCUGACCAGUUGUCUGGCUUCUGUCGUAAGUAAUUGCUAUGCCCAGAUGAUGAGCUCUAGCAGGCUGGGUGGUAGGUGGGUGGAAUGUCUCCUGGGUGUGCAGGUGGCUGAGGGAGUUAUGCACGGUCAGCUGUUAAAGCCACUCAUUCUGUGCAUGGGGCCAGUGACCACUGUGCCUCGCUAGUCGACGGAUGGGUCGGUGUCUUCAGUCACUUUAACUUGGGUGUUUUGCUCUGGAUGUGGUGCACAGGAAUGUUCACCUUUACUGCCUGCUCUGUCAGGCACAGUGCUGCUGAGCACAGCAGCUGUGCUGGCUCUUACUGCCAACAGGGGCGUCCAGUACAUCUUACCUGUAGCUCUGAGAGACUUUAUUGGUAGAGAGGAUCCAUACAGUUAAUUGGCCUUUGCUAAUGGCUGCUUUCUUUCUGUUUGAUGGGGAGAGAUCUGGACUGAUUCCACCUCUGUUCAAGGUUGCUGAAAAAUGGUCUAUGAGGGGCAGGGAAACUUGGAGAAAGGACCCCAGGCUUUGCUAAUCCCAGCUCCUGCCAGGUUGCAGUCCCAAACUGUGUGUAGCAAAGAGGUCAGUGCUUGCUGGCUGAUGUUUCUUUCCAUUGUAACCUCAUGUCGCGCAACUUCUUGUGCUUGUGUUUGCCCAUGAUGACCUUGCCCGUAAGCACAUGGGAACCUGUCACGCAGAGAGCUCCCCUGCGUGCGUAUCAGCUAGCUGCUGAGUGCAGAUCCCCCUGUGAUGAGCUGCUGGAUGAUGCAUCAUGCAGCUCACAUAGAGCAGCCUCAUUUACUCUGCGCUUUACAGCAAAGCAGUCCUGUCUUUGCAUUGGCUGGUGGCAGCUAAUCCUGUCACACAGCAGUUUCUGAGUUUGCAGAGUGUGUCCUCUAUGGGAACUCAGGGUGAUCCAGCCCUUUUCUAUGGGGCAGGCACAUGUGGAAGGGACUGAAGCUUUACUGCAAAGUACAUGUUGGAGGGAUCUGAUUUCUAAAUAGGGCUGAAUACCCACAGUGUCCACAGGGUGGACACGGGAGUACUUGCAGCCUCUGGAAAAUCAGGUCCCUUGAAGUGUAAGAGAAGGCUCUGCCUCCAUAGGUGCAACGGAUUUUUACAAGGUUGUAAAAUUAUUGUUUAUUUAAUAAUCUCUGACUUAUACAGGCCUCUGUAGAUUUUUCUUCAGUUUAACACUGCUUGAUGUUUCCUUCAAGAUCCUGAACACUGUAACCUGUGGUUCUGGUUAACAAAUCCAAAUAUACACACUCCACUUGAGCUGAUUUGUGCAGGGCUCCAGAGGGCCUGGAUGGGCUCAGGCCCUCGUUUGCAGGCUGUGUUUUUAAGGGUAUCCACUCCCGCUAGAGUGGUUGUUGAGGGAGUUCCCUUCAGGUGAAACCGUGCUGCUCUCCCAGCCUUGUUCUCACGUGAUCUGCAUGAGGAUUGGCACCUCCUGUGAGAGACUGAACAAGCUGUGAUGUAGGAGGGACACAUGCAGCAUGCUCUUUGUAGGACCUCGGGUAUGUGUUGAUGCGAACAGCUGACACUUGAGAAUCUCCCAGUGCACAGACUGUGCAGACAGUGUGUGUGCACUGGAGGCUGUUACACAGUACGUUGUCUUUAUUUCCAACCAACAUUGGAUAGUUGAUGUUAUUUUUAAAAAUUAUUUUAUUAGGUCUAUGUAUUUUUAAAAAGCGUUAAAAAGAGCGUAGUGUUUUAUAUUACAUUUAAAUUGUUUAAUUUAUUUUAAAUUGAUACACGCACAAUUUCCAAAGGAGCCCAGAUCUUGAACUCUUUGAGGCAAAGUUCAAUGCCAACAGCCAUCCCCUCUUUGUGUCUACUCAUGCUCCUGCAGUCAUUGCUACUGUUACAGAACUGGAAUUGUAAAACUGAGAUUCUACCUUUAUUUAAGCAAAUAAAACAUGGAUGUAUUCAAAUGAA